AUGAUCUUGGAGACGGCCAACGUCGUGCAGAAGAGUGGAAAGAAGCUGACUAUCCUGUGUCUUGGACCGUUGACCAACCUGGCCUUGGCAACGAUGAAGGACCCCACACUAUCACAGAAGCUGGACCGGGCGUUUGGUUUCUACGUCACCGGGACGACGCGCAGCACGGGCGACAUUCUGGCCUCCGAAUGGAACAUUUAUGUUGAUCCAGAAGCGGCCUCUCUCGUGUUUGGCACUGUGCUUGAUCUCUACGCGUUAGGGCUGGAUGUAGCCACAAGGCCGGACGUGGAGUUCUCGGCUGAACAUUUCCAGAAACUCCGAAUUCCAGAAGAAACGAACAAGCCCGAAGCCAGGUUUCUGCUGGGAGUCAUUCAAGCUGCAAGCAAUGUCGAUGCUAGAGGCUUUUUAGACUUGCUAAUCGACACAAUUUGUUAA